GCAAGCUUCAUUUACAAACACAUGAAAAGGGGGAGAGGUACGUGGAAGAAAAUAAGAGGGGGAAGAGGUACGUGGAAGCAAAUUAAAGGAUGAGAUGAGGUGAGCAAGCAAAGCAAGUUGCAGAGGUGUGUUGGAUUUCGGGCGCACUUUUGGCCCUUCGCUUGGAUAUUUCCUUGUGCUCCAAUGGAUAACACAUUCAUUUGCCAUUACCCUCUUUUCCUAUAUCCUCUCCUACUCCACGCUUCUUGUGUAUAUAUAAGCUAUACAACACAGCAGCACAAAUAUCCAACAAACGAACCACCAAGUAUCUUGGACUUGGACCAAAAUAUCUCUCAACCAACCAAGGGCAAAAGAUCUUCCCCUCCUCUCUCCCUCUUUCUGUUUUCUCUCAAGAUGUGCAGAGGAGGAGAAGAAGAAGAACAGCAGCAGCCACUGGUUCCUUGCUUGCACUGCCAACCACAAGAAUGCAUCAGAAUGGUUCAGCAUUUGAUAGAGAGGUGUUUGAUACUUCGCAUGAGCAGAGAUGAAUGCGCCACCGCACUCUCCAAGCAUGCCAGCAUUCAUCCCACAGUCACACUCACUGUGUGGGAAGGACUACUGAAAGAGAACAAAGACUUCUUCAGAACUUACUCUAGAAUUAUUUCUGAUUAUACUCUUAAUUAAUUAGUUAAUUUUUUUGCUUCCUUGAUGGCUUUGAACCUAUCAUAAAUAUUAACCAGUGUU